CCUUCGCUGCUGGACUGCGCUGCGUUGUCAGAAAAAAUAUUCCCUUUUCCGGUUAAAAAUACAUAUAUUAAAAAUAACAAACCCGCUGUGACCUCGAUGCGACGACUCUUCCAUUCUGGCACUGCUUCAUCUCGACAUUCCGACCUCGACGAGCUACAUCCACGCAGCAGCAGGUCAAGACUGGCAGGAAUCAAGAGCAGGAUCUCUAGAGCUAAUCCACCUGUCAUCGGUCAACGAGAAUCGUCCCUCUAUACCUAUCACAACAGUACCGAAGCCACCUUCACACCGACCAAUAAUGUCUCAGACCUAGACACUGCGUAUGCUACAGCCACCUUGCGUCAUGUCACACAGAGUACACCUUACAGACCGUUUGGAUACUACUCGUCGAUAGAUUUGGGUCAGAGGAUAAACAAUCACUCUGUGUUUGAUCUACACCGGAGACCGCCUCUGGACAACUACGAGGACGACGAGGACGAAGAUCAUCCAUUUGACGCAGAAACUUUCGACUUUCCACUCCCGCCCGUGCCAUCGGCGUUUGCGACAAGGUCGUUGGACAUACUCCCGUUGCAGGUCGAGCAGGGUCGAAGGGUUCAGUAUUUUUCGCCGCCGACCUAUACUGCACCGCAGCCAAGCAAGGCGGGGCGAGGGAGGUUUUUCACCAGGCUCCGUUUACCACACUUUCUAUCGCGCCGAUCAAAGAUGACCGACGCUCCGCCCAUCCCUCCCCGGUCCGAAGCGAGACGAGGGCACCUACAGCCGCCAUUCGAACCGAGACCGAUGCAUCAUUUGCCCGUGGACAUGCCUGCGUUUGAGGACACGCCAUCAUUGUCCUCGGGUAGUUCCUCGGAUCACGAGAGUCCCGUCAACACUCCGUGGUCACCUGAGCCUUCGAGGAAACCAUCUCGCGAGUCGUUCCUUUGGGGUCAUAAGAAGAAUAAGAAGAGUCAGGAUCUGGGCAAGGAUCCGUAUAGGGUCAGGGAUGGGGCGGAGAAGAUACCACCGACCAGUGGGGUCGACCUCGUUUCCCGGUGCCAGAUCCGUGUCAAUGUUGUCAGAGGACAGCAGUGAGCAGAGGUCGCCAUCGAGUACUGGCGAGCCAUCGCGGUUCGCCUUUGUCCGCGGCAAGACAUUUGAGCAGUUGAAGCGGGUCGCCGGGGUGACGUGGGCAUCGUCGACGACGACAU